CCACACUGGCAUCUCCGGUCGGCACGCGAUGGAAAACAGCUGUUGAUAUAUACCACAUAGUAAAUGUGGCGUCUGCAUAAACAAAAAAAAAAAAAGAGAAAUUAUUGAAAUAUAUUUGAAUUUCUUGUGAAAAUGUCAUCAGCCAUUUAUUUGGAAAACUAUCUAGAUGGCUUGGAAUCCCUGCCAACUGAGCUGGAACGUAAUUUCAAGCUAAUGCGUAAAUUGGAUGAUCGCGCCCAAACAGCUAUGAAAUCAAUUGAUAGCCAUGCCAAGGAUUUUAUGCGAAAACUAACUGAAAGCGGGGCCAUGAGCGAAGAGGAGCGGAAGGAGCGUUUGGAGGAUAUUAAGGCUUUGUUUGGCAAGGCCAAGGAAUACAGCGAUGACAAAGUGCAACUUGCCAUACAAACAUAUGAGCUGGUUGAUAAACAAAUUCGUCGUUUGGAUAAUGAUCUGGCACGAUUCGAGGGAGAAAUUCAGGAGAAGGCCUCAUCCACAAGAGCCAAAUCUGAGGAAGCGGUGGCCAAAAAGGGUCGCAAAAAGACCAAAGAUGGCAAGACAACUGGGAAAAAGAAAAAAUCUGCUGCUUCCUCCGACGAAGAAACUUCAGGUCGUGCUUCAGGCAAUCAGAACACUUCCAAUACAAAUCUCAAUGUCAGUAGCAAUGCUAGCGGAGGUAAUGGUGGACAAGGUAGCAAAAAGAAAAAGUCCAAGGUAAAUCAAGAAAAAGAAACACGCAAGGGGGGCGCUCAAAAGAAAGCAGUCGAUGUGGAUGACUCUGAAAAAGAAUCAUGUCAUACAAAUGCAACACAUCCCAGCGAUGUCAUGGAUAUGCCUGUGGAUCCCAAUGAGCCGACAUAUUGUCUGUGUCAUCAGGUUUCAUAUGGCGAGAUGAUUGGUUGCGAUAAUCCCGAUUGUCCCAUUGAAUGGUUCCAUUUUGCCUGCGUUGGUCUAACGAUAAAACCCAAGGGCAAAUGGUUUUGUCCCAAAUGCACACAAGAUCGUAAAAAGAAAUAAAAACAGAUGUUUUUACUCUGUACUCAUAGGAUAAAAGGGUUAUAUCGAAGAAAGAAACAACUAAAAUUCUCCUGGACUCGCGGUAUUAGACAUCAAGGAAGUACUCAAAUUAUCACCACCUUGAGAUAGAGAAUAUAGAGUUUUUAUUCCUUUUUAAUAUCAUUAAAACUUUAGUCAAAGUAUGUACUUUCGUUAAUGAAGGUCCAAGAUAAGUAAAGGACUUAUGGGCAACAAUUGUUAUGCUCCAUAAUUCUUUUUUUUUUUUUGCUACAAUCGACCAAUAUAUUAUAUUUGAUCACCCUUAUAAGUUUUACCCUAUGAAGUACAGGGUAUCUGCAUGUCGGCAAAACCGACUUAUCAUAAUAUUUUAUUUAAGAUCAUCUAAAAUA